AUGCCCGACUUCUUUUACGCUGUGACUGUAUAUUUGUCCUCCUGUCCAGCUGGAAGGUAUUCCUCAACAGGCUAUGAGCCGUGUAAUAGGUGUCCCUUUCAUACCUACAAAGCUGAUGAAGGAGCCGGAAACUGUACAGAAUGUCCAGACAAUCUGAAGACUCUGAGAUCAGGCAGGACUAGUUCUGAUGACUGCCUUGAUCUCUGUCCUCCUGGAACGUAUUCAUCAGCAGGCAUUCAACCGUGUCUAGACUGUCCAUUUCAUCACUACAAAAGUUUUGAAGGAGCAGGAAACUGUACAAAAUGUCCAGAGAAAAAGAUAACUCUGACCAAUGGCACCUCCUGUCCAGCUGGAAGGUAUUCCUCAACAGGCUAUGAGCCGUGUAAUAGGUGUCCCUUUCAUACCUACAAAGCUGAUGAAGGAGCCGGAAACUGUACAGAAUGUCCAGACAAUCUGAAGACUCUGAGAUCAGGCAGGACUAGUUCUGAUGACUGCCUUGAUCUCUGUCCUCCUGGAACGUAUUCAUCAGCAGGCAUUCAACCGUGUCUAGACUGUCCAUUUCAUCACUACAAAAGUUUUGAAGGAGCAGGAAACUGUACAAAAUGUCCAGAGAAAAAGAUAACUCUGACCAAUGGCACCUCCUGUCCAGCUGGAAGGUAUUCCUCAACAGGCUAUGAGCCGUGUAAUAGGUGUCCCUUUCAUACCUACAAAGCUGAUGAAGGAGCCGGAAACUGUACAGAAUGUCCAGACAAUCUGAAGACUCUGAGAUCAGGCAGGACUAGUUCUGAUGACUGCCUUGGUACAUAUAACCUCCUGUCCAGCUGGAAGGUAUUCCUCAAAGGCUAUGAGCCGUGUAAUAGGUGUCCCUUUCAUACCUACAAAGCUGAUGAAGGAGCCGGAAACUGUACAGAAUGUCCAGACAAUCUGAAGACUCUGAGAUCAGGCAGGACUAGUUCUGAUGACUGCCUUGAUCUCUGUCCUCCUGGAACGUAUUCAUCAGCAGGCAUUCAACCGUGUCUAGACUGUCCAUUUCAUCACUACAAAAGUUUUGAAGGAGCAGGAAACUGUACAAAAUGUCCAGAGAAAAAGAUAACUCUGACCAAUGGCACCUCCUGUCCAGCUGGAAGGUAUUCCUCAACAGGCUAUGAGCCGUGUAAUAGGUGUCCCUUUCAUACCUACAAAGCUGAUGAAGGAGCCGGAAACUGUACAGAAUGUCCAGACAAUCUGAAGACUCUGAGAUCAGGCAGGACUAGUUCUGAUGACUGCCUUGAUCUCUGUCCUCCUGGAACGUAUUCAUCAGCAGGCAUUCAACCGUGUCUAGACUGUCCAUUUCAUCACUACAAAAGUUUUGAAGGAGCAGGAAACUGUACAAAAUGUCCAGAGAAAAAGAUAACUCUGACCAAUGGCACCUCCUGUCCAGCUGGAAGGUAUUCCUCAACAGGCUAUGAGCCGUGUAAUAGGUGUCCCUUUCAUACCUACAAAGCUGAUGAAGGAGCCGGAAACUGUACAGAAUGUCCAGACAAUCUGAAGACUCUGAGAUCAGGCAGGACUAGUUCUGAUGACUGCCUUGAUCUCUGUCCUCCUGGAACGUAUUCAUCAGCAGGCAUUCAACCGUGUCUAGACUGUCCAUUUCAUCACUACAAAAGUUUUGAAGGAGCAGGAAACUGUACAAAAUGUCCAGAGAAAAAGAUAACUCUGACCAAUGGCACCUCCUGUCCAGCUGGAAGGUAUUCCUCAACAGGCUAUGAGCCGUGUAAUAGGUGUCCCUUUCAUACCUACAAAGCUGAUGAAGGAGCCGGAAACUGUACAGAAUGUCCAGACAAUCUGAAGACUCUGAGAUCAGGCAGGACUAGUUCUGAUGACUGCCUUGAUCUCUGUCCUCCUGGAACGUAUUCAUCAGCAGGCAUUCAACCGUGUCUAGACUGUCCAUUUCAUCACUACAAAAGUUUUGAAGGAGCAGGAAACUGUACAAAAUGUCCAGAGAAAAAGAUAACUCUGACCAAUGGCACCUCCUGUCCAGCUGGAAGGUAUUCCUCAACAGGCUAUGAGCCGUGUAAUAGGUGUCCCUUUCAUACCUACAAAGCUGAUGAAGGAGCCGGAAACUGUACAGAAUGUCCAGACAAUCUGAAGACUCUGAGAUCAGGCAGGACUAGUUCUGAUGACUGCCUUGAUCUCUGUCCUCCUGGAACGUAUUCAUCAGCAGGCAUUCAACCGUGUCUAGACUGUCCAUUUCAUCACUACAAAAGUUUUGAAGGAGCAGGAAACUGUACAAAAUGUCCAGAGAAAAAGAUAACUCUGACCAAUGGCACCUCCUGUCCAGCUGGAAGGUAUUCCUCAACAGGCUAUGAGCCGUGUAAUAGGUGUCCCUUUCAUACCUACAAAGCUGAUGAAGGAGCCGGAAACUGUACAGAAUGUCCAGACAAUCUGAAGACUCUGAGAUCAGGCAGGACUAGUUCUGAUGACUGCCUUGAUCUCUGUCCUCCUGGAACGUAUUCAUCAGCAGGCAUUCAACCGUGUCUAGACUGUCCAUUUCAUCACUACAAAAGUUUUGAAGGAGCAGGAAACUGUACAAAAUGUCCAGAGAAAAAGAUAACUCUGACCAAUGGCACCUCCUGUCCAGCUGGAAGGUAUUCCUCAACAGGCUAUGAGCCGUGUAAUAGGUGUCCCUUUCAUACCUACAAAGCUGAUGAAGGAGCCGGAAACUGUACAGAAUGUCCAGACAAUCUGAAGACUCUGAGAUCAGGCAGGACUAGUUCUGAUGACUGCCUUGAUCUCUGUCCUCCUGGAACGUAUUCAUCAGCAGGCAUUCAACCGUGUCUAGACUGUCCAUUUCAUCACUACAAAAGUUUUGAAGGAGCAGGAAACUGUACAAAAUGUCCAGAGAAAAAGAUAACUCUGACCAAUGGCACCUCCUGUCCAGCUGGAAGGUAUUCCUCAACAGGCUAUGAGCCGUGUAAUAGGUGUCCCUUUCAUACCUACAAAGCUGAUGAAGGAGCCGGAAACUGUACAGAAUGUCCAGACAAUCUGAAGACUAGAUCAGGCAGGACUAGUUCUGAUGACUGCCUUGCCUCCUGUCCAGCUGGAAGGUAUUCCUCAACAGGCUAUGAGCCGUGUAAUAGGUGUCCCUUUCAUACCUACAAAGCUGAUGAAGGAGCCGGAAACUGUACAGAAUGUCCAGACAAUCUGAAGACUCUGAGAUCAGGCAGGACUAGUUCUGAUGACUGCCUUGAUCUCUGUCCUCCUGGAACGUAUUCAUCAGCAGGCAUUCAACCGUGUCUAGACUGUCCAUUUCAUCACUACAAAAGUUUUGAAGGAGCAGGAAACUGUACAAAAUGUCCAGAGAAAAAGAUAACUCUGACCAAUGGCACCUCCUGUCCAGCUGGAAGGUAUUCCUCAACAGGCUAUGAGCCGUGUAAUAGGUGUCCCUUUCAUACCUACAAAGCUGAUGAAGGAGCCGGAAACUGUACAGAAUGUCCAGACAAUCUGAAGACUCUGAGAUCAGGCAGGACUAGUUCUGAUGACUGCCUUGAUCUCUGUCCUCCUGGAACGUAUUCAUCAGCAGGCAUUCAACCGUGUCUAGACUGUCCAUUUCAUCACUACAAAAGUUUUGAAGGAGCAGGAAACUGUACAAAAUGUCCAGAGAAAAAGAUAACUCUGACCAAUGGCACCUCCUGUCCAGCUGGAAGGUAUUCCUCAACAGGCUAUGAGCCGUGUAAUAGGUGUCCCUUUCAUACCUACAAAGCUGAUGAAGGAGCCGGAAACUGUACAGAAUGUCCAGACAAUCUGAAGACUCUGAGAUCAGGCAGGACUAGUUCUGAUGACUGCCUUGAUAUCUGUCCUCCUGGAACGCAUUCAUCAGCAGGCAUUCAACCGUGUCUAGACUGUCCAUUUCAUCACUACAAAAGUUUUGAAGGAGCAGGAAACUGUACAAAAUGUCCAGAGAAAAAGAUAACUCUGACCAAUGGCACCUCCUGUCCAGCUGGAAGGUAUUCCUCAACAGGCUAUGAGCCGUGUAAUAGGUGUCCCUUUCAUACCUACAAAGCUGAUGAAGGAGCCGGAAACUGUACAGAAUGUCCAGACAAUCUGAAGACUCUGAGAUCAGGCAGGACUAGUUCUGAUGACUGCCUUGGUACAUAUAACCUUUCCAGCUGGAAGGUUUCCUCAACAGGCUAUGAGCCGUGUAAUAUGUCCCUUUUUCCUACAAAGCUGAUGAAGGACGUUACAGAAUGUCCAGACAAUCUGAAGACUCUGGGAUCAGGCAGGACCAGUUCUGAUGACUGCCUUGAUCUCUGUCCUCCUGGAACGUAUUCAUCAGCAGGCAUUCAACCGUGUGUAGACUGUCCAUUUCAUCGCUACAAAAGUUUUGCAGGACCAGGAAACUGUACGGAAUGUCCAGGGAAUUGGAUAACUCUGACGAAUGGCACCCCCUGUCCAGCUGGAAGGUAUUCCUCAACAGGCUAUGAGCCGUGUGGAAACUGUCCCUUUCAUACCUACAAAGCUGAUGCAGGAGCCGGAAACUGUACAGAAUGUCCAGACAAUCUGAAGACUCUGAGAUCAGGCAGGACCAGUUCUGAUGACUGCCUUGACAUAGCUGAAGAUAUUAAAAUUAAAAUGCCCGACUUCUUGUACGCUGUGAUUGUAUAUUUGUGUAGAUCUCUGUCCUCCUGGAACCCCCCUGUUCAGCUGGAAGGUAUUCCUCAACAGGCUAUGAGCCGUGUGGAAACUGUCCCUAUCAUACCUACAAAGCUGAUGCAGGAGCCGGAAACUGUACAGAAUGUCCAGACAAUCUGA